UACUUUUUUUUUUUUUGGCUGACAUAACUUUGAUGUGACUUUAAAAAAAACAAACAAACAAAAAACAUGGUUUCAUUCCCUUUUUAAGUCUUUGUGGGGAUGCUCUUGGAAAGGUAUGAAAAAGAAAAUCCGCUUUUUGGUGGGGGACCCGAAAUCUUAUAAGAAUGCCCAGAAGGGGUUUAAUAUUUCAAGCCAGGACCCGUUGGCUAUUGGUGGGUCUUGCCUUACUAUUCAGUUUAAUGUUGUUCAUGUACCUGCUUGAGUGUGCUCCACAAACAGAUGGCAAUGGAUCUCUGCCUGGUGUUGUAGGGGAGAACUUGGGUAAAGAAUAUUACCAAGCUCUUCUCCAGGAACAAGAGGAACACUAUCAAACCCGGGCUACUAGUCUGAAGCGUCAGAUUGCUCAGCUAAAACAAGAGCUUCAGGAAAUGAGUGAUAAGCUGAAAUUGCUGCAGGAAAAAAAGAGCCUAAGAGUCAAUGGCAUGGGCUACCAAGACACCAAAGAACAAGCAUCCAAUGAUCUCCUAGAGUUUCUUCAUUCCCAAAUUGACAAGGCUGAGGUGAGCAUCGGGGCCAAGCUACCUAGUGAAUAUGGUGUCAUUCCUUUUGAAAGCUUUACCUCCAUGAAAGUGUUCCAGUUAGAGAUGGGGCUCACUCGACACCCAGAGGAGAAACCUGUUAGAAAGGAUAAGCGAGAUGAGUUGGUGGAAGUUAUUGAGGCUGGCCUAGAGGUAAUCAAUAAUCCAGAUGAAGAAGAUGGACAAGAUGAUGAUGAUGAUGAAGGAAUAGGAGAGAGACCGCUCUAUAAUGAAAAUGAUUUCAUAGAAGGUUAUUAUCGCACAGAGAAAGAUAAAGGAACACAGUAUGAAUUGUUUUAUAAGAAGACCGAUGUUAUGGAAUACAGACAUGUCACACUAUUCCGACCAUUUGGACCCCUCAUGAAAGUGAAGAGUGAAACAGUUGACAUUUCCAGAUCAGUUAUUAACAUCAUUGUCCCUCUUGCUGGAAGAACUGAGGCAUUUGCACAAUUCAUGCAAAACUUUAGGGAUGUGUGUAUUCAUCAGGACAAGCGGAUUCACCUCACAGUGGUAUACUUCGGCCAAGAUGGGCUAUCUGAAGUGAGGAGCAUCCUGGAGUCAGUAGCUCGAGAAACUAAUUUUCACAAUUACACACUGGUCUCUUUGAAUGAGGAAUUUAAUCGUGGGCGAGGACUAGACAUGGGUGCCAGAGCUUGGGAAAAAGGCGAAGUGUUAAUGUUCUUCUGCGAUGUUGAUAUUUAUUUCACAGCUGAGUUCCUUAACAGUUGCCGCUUGAAUGCUGAACCCGGCAAGAAAGUUUUCUAUCCCGUGGUAUUCAGCCUUUAUAAUCCUGCUAUUGUCUAUGCCAACCAAGAUGUACCACCACCUGUGGAGCAGCAAUUGGUACACAAAAAGGAUUCUGGCUUCUGGCGGGAUUUUGGCUUUGGAAUGACGUGUCAAUAUCGGACAGAUUUCCUGACUGUUGGGGGGUUUGACUUGGAAGUGAAAGGCUGGGGUGGAGAGGAUGUUCACCUUUACAGAAAGUACUUGCACGGAGACCUUAUUGUGAUCCGGACCCCAGUCCCAGGCCUGUUUCACCUCUGGCAUGAGAAGCAUUGUGUUGAUGAGCUGACUCCAGAGCAGUAUCGCAUGUGUAUCCAGUCUAAAGCCAUGAAUGAAGCAUCUCACUCGCACCUUGGAAUGCUGGUCUUCAGGGAGGAGAUUGAGACCCAUCUCCGUAAACAGGCCUAUAGGACUAACAGUGAAGCAAUAGAUUAAAAGGAUUUUUAAUGCAAGACCGAAGACUUUAAACUCACAAUGAACCAGCAUCAUUCUACAGCCUUAAUUCAGCUUACAAAUUCAGUGCCUCUUUCAGUGAAGAAGAGUUUUUAACUUUUGUCUGGUAUUCUGUUACCUACAUAUCUCACCAGUUCAGGCACCUGAGAUAACUUUUGAAAGUAAUUUUUUCAAUGAAAGGUUCUACAGUAUUAACUUUAUGGACAAAUAUAGCAGCAGAAUGCAUGACCAAACACUCUUUCACCUCUGAUAAAAUUUUUUUCAUAUUUGCAUUAUUGUAAGGUAAGGAUUGCAUUAAUGGACAAUAUUUUGUCUUGUCUGCCAAGUAUUGUUACACUCUGUCUUGCUCAUUACACUGUAACUUUAGAUACCAUACUUACACAUUCCAGGAUAAAAACUAAACACACAUGACCAUGAAACUCAUUGGGAAAAUGUACACAAGAGCUUAAUUAGUAUGUUAAUUAGGUUGCUGAUUUCAUGGCAAUAAUUUAAUUAAAUUCACUGUAUUAACAGCUAUCCAUAUAAUUCACAUUAGAGAAGAAUUUAUAGGAAAAAGGGACGUAUGAAAAUCUCUUAAAGGGGAAUUCUAGAAUAGUUAAUAUUGUUUGAUAUCAAUGCAAAUGUAAGCUGGACAUGUACCAUUUGCUUAUCCUAGCUACGGGCCAAAAAAAAUUCCUCUUGCAUAUUUCAGGAUGUACAAAGACAAGCAAUUUAAAUAAAAGCGGGUUACUUGUCUUCUGUUGUUUUGUAGGGUAUGAUUAGAUUCACCAUUUUUUAUAUCCUUUGUUUUCAGGUGAAUGUUAAGAUUCACUAAUUUAGUGGGGAGUGUGGGAGAGUUGCAUCUGCAGUCUCCACAAAUUUAGAAAUUAGUUGAAAACCACUCACUAAAUCAACUAAUUUUGGAUUUUUUUUUAAAUCAGUUUUAGUUUCAAACACUUAAGGGCAAGUAGAGAUUAAAAUAUGUGACUUCUGAAUGCAAAAAUGCUGUGUAAAAUAGUGUUAUUCACUGAUCUUUUUUUAUAUGUACAUAAAAUUUGCUUUUAUGUAACUUAUUGUGGAGAACAGUAUACUGUAUUGUGUUUUUUAAAGAGGGGAGAAUGUAAUGCAAGAUGUCUUACCAUUGGUAUUCCUGCUAUGAUGUAUGAAUAAAUUUAAUAUUUCUGCAUUUUA